AUGGAGAAGGCGGGCGACCUCCCUACCAGCCAAAAGCUUGCGCCAAUCCAGCGCCGGUCCUCGAGACGGCGCCUGUGCAAGUUUGAUGACGUUAUCUUCCUCGUAGUCCUCUUCCUUAUCGCGUCGACCAUUUGGUUCACAGAGAUCCGAACGUUGUUUCCAGGCCACAAGCACACAUGUGGAAAGCUAUUGACAGUUGAAGAGAGAGCGGUCAAGAUACUGCAAGAAAAUCCACUCAUUGAUGGCCAUAACGAUCUCAUGAUCUUCAUCCGGGGCAAAUACAACAACCAUAUUUACAAUGAAUCCGGUAGCGAUUUCGCAGACAAGUUCGAGAACGGCGGACUAGCGCAGCAUGUGGAUAUCCCUCGCCUCGAAAAGGGACAUCAAGGUGGUGCCUUCUGGAGUGCCUUCUGGCUCUGUCCAUUAGGCGACGAGACGAACUUUGCUGACGAAAGAUAUCACAAUAUCGUGAAAGCAACUCUCGGCCAGCUAGAUCUAUUCAACCGCCUAGGGCAACAGUACCCAAAAUACUUCACUCCAUCCCGGAACAGCGCGGAAGCCAUCAAGACAUUUGAAAACGGUGGUUUCAUUGCUCCAGCAGCUAUCGAAGGGUUGCACCAAAUCGGCAACUCGGUCUCUACUCUGCGACUUUACUACCAGCUUGGAGUCAGAUACGCGACUCUGACAUGGAACUGCCACAACAAGUAUGCCGAUGCAGCAAUCGAGACGGGAUCCGACUGGAGCGCGCGCAUUGCGAAACCCUAUUGGAAAGGUCUCAGUCCCGCAGGUCGCGACCUCGUCAAGGAGAUGAACCGCCUAGGAAUGCUAGUAGAUCUAGCGCACGUGAGUCAAGACACCAUGCGCGACGUACUCAUCGGUCGAGGUGACGGAAACUGGAACGGCAGUAUCGCGCCACCAAUCUUCAGCCACAGCUCCGCAUACGCAAUCUGCCCGCAUCCGCGAAACGUUCCCGACGAUAUACUUCAGCUCGUCAAGCAGCGCAAUUCUGUCGUCAUGGUCAACUUUAAUCCAGACUUUGUAUCCUGCAAGGCUUCGAAAACACCAAAUUCCUUCCCAGAUUUCGUCCCAGAGAACAACACCCUAGCGCACGUCGUACGUCAUAUUAGACACAUUGGAGAGUUAAUUGGGUAUGAUCACGUUGGUAUUGGCACAGAUUAUGAUGGCAUUGAGACCACUCCUGAGGGGUUAGAGGACGUAUCUAAGUUCCCUGACCUUAUCGCCGAAUUGCUGAGGCAGGGCAUAAGCGAUGAAGAUGCUGCAAAGAUCGCAGGACGGAACCUUCUUCGUGUCUGGGAGGAGGCUGACAAGGUGUCGAAGGAACUGCAAAAGACGAUGCUGCCCCUGGAGGAUGAGCUGCAUGAACAGUGGGCUUAA